UUUAAACAGAAAUUGAAAAUAACAUGUCCUGUAUUCAAGUACAUGUGUGUGUUUCUCCUCUCGAAAUUGUGUUUCUAAAACGUAGUCGUGUGCAUUAACGUUUUAUUGCUUAUACGUUAAAAAACAAAAAAUGCAGGGACUUUACUUUUUGUGUUUCGUCAUUUUAGUGAAGCUUUGCUUAGCUCAUGUGAUCGUUCCAGGCGUGUUAGAAACAGUGUCACCGAAUCUACGUACAAAGAGGGAAAACUUAAAUGAUGGGGAAAACUCUAGCGCUAUUUUACCACUUUUCGAGCUCAAAACUGACGUUUCAUUUGCCGACGGGGGAUUCAAGGCAGUGUUUUCGCUUUUGCCUACUAAAGAGUGUACUUGUGGAAGUAACCAUGUCUGUGUGGGACAGAAUAACAAGAACAAUUUUGUUUCAAGAUGUAUUAACGGUCAGAGGUGUAAGGAAAACACGUGUAAAAAUGGCGGCACAUGCGUAGAAACCAGUUCCACUACAAAAUGUUACUGUCUCACUGGGUUUCAAGGAGAGGACUGUUCACAAAGUGGUGGCGAUGCACAAUAUUCUCUGAAUUUUACCGUGACGCCGACAGAUCGGACAUUAAAGAAAGGCCAAAGUCAUACAGAAGAAUGCGCUGUCGAGAUUCCAUCAGGGGAGGAGGUACAAUACGAAUGGACGUUUAAUGAAGAGAAGAUACAAGCUUACAGUAGAAAGACUGGAUUUGGAAUAUUUCCAAGUGGUGUUUUACAGAUUGACGAGAUUACCGACAAGACGGAGGGAAAGUACUCGUGCAUCGCUACAACCUCAUAUGGGAUAGCAAAGAGCAAAUUUGAAUACAGAAUUGUCGAAAGUUGCGACGUCAAAAUAUACCCUGGACCAGAAUCACAGAGUAAAAAGAUAAAUGAAAACGUGUUGCUGACUUGUCACGUGGGCUCACAAGCUAUAGAAGUCCGUUGGAAGAAAGAUGGCAUCUACAUUGAAUACAACAAGAAUCCAAGAUUUAAGAAAUUGGUUAACAAUUACUUGCUCAUUAGGGACAUAGCACUCUCAGAUGCAGGAUUAUACCAGUGUGAGGCAGAGGACAAAAACGGUUGCUAUAGUUACAAAGAAGGAACUCUGACUGUGAUUAAUGUUAAACCAAUCAAUACAUAUUGUGGCGUUUCUAUAUAUGACGAGGAUGCUUUGGCCAUCUCGAGAAUAUCACAGGGCAACGAUGCACGAAAUAAUGAAAAUCCAUGGCAUGUGACUAUAAGAACUAGAGGUAGAUCAUCUAUGCACAGGGCAUUCUGUGGAGGAACUCUGAUAUCCAAGACAUAUAUGGUGACUGCUGCCAGUUGUAUUGAAGAGUUCGAAAAGGUCUUAGGAGUUCCUUUUGUGCCUGAAAAUGUGGAGUUUUUACUUGGUACAAUAAAUUGUGUACUGGCUGGUGAUGAGACAACUAGAACAUUUAAAAGUUUCAUUGUUCAUCCAAAUUAUGGCGAUCAAGCACCAUAUGAUAACGACAUAGCAUUGAUAGAACUUGACAGUCCAGUUGAAUACACGGAUUCUAUACGUCCAAUAUGUCUGGAACCAGCGGACUACAAUGACCGGGUGUUCUUGGAAAACAGUGAUUCAUUAUCACCUGUACAAGGGAAGGUGGCUGGCUGCGGCCAAACAAGAAGCCGGGGAAUGCCCGUCGCAAAAUUGCAGGAAGUUUACCUUCCAUAUGUAUACAGACAAGAAUGUGAACAAUCGCUAGGCAGGAGGAAAAAUAUGCUUACCGACCGGAUGUUUUGUGCCGGAAGUAAAAUUUCCAGGACCGGGGAUGCCUGUGGAGGGGAUAGCGGUGGUGGCUUGGUUAUGGCUACAUCGAAUAGAUGGGUUCUGACUGGAAUUGUGUCGUGGGGUAUUGGGUGUGAUGUGGACAAGUACUAUGGUGUCUACACAGAUGUUGGCAAAUACUACGACUGGAUUGAGGGUGUUACCAAGUUUAGGGAAGAAGAGGUGCCAUAUUUUUAAAUUUUGUUUUA